AUGGAAGGGUCGUUCGAGGCGUACAAGGAGAAGGUGCUGCUGGGCGACGUGGCGUGGGACACGUACGUGACGGCGAAGCUGAUCACGGGCACGGACUUCCAGCUGCUGCGCCGCUACGACCACCGCUCCAAGGAGGUCCAGGCCGCGCUGCUCGAAGAGAACGGCGUCGGAUACGUGCGCACGUUUGUAUCCGUACUGAAGAAUGUCUUUAAAGAGGAGACUGUGGAGUACACUAUCGCCCUCAUCGACGAGCUUUUAACAAGAGACAAGAAGAGGGCGCGUUUGUUCCACGACCCAUCCAUAACGGACGAUGUCUAUGCGCCCUUCAUUAGACUGCUGGGGCACACCAACUGGUUCGUGCUGGAGGCCACGUCUCGCAUUCUGCCACUCAUCAUUGUCUCUCGCCCCCACAGCACGUCCGCGCCUGCAGCUGCACCAGCGGCGGCAGGGGCAGUGACUCCCGCACGCGCAGCAGGCAACAUAGACUACGUGCUCGAGCCCUUUAUCGCCUGGCUCUGCCACCAGCUAACUCGCCCGGUGCACCCGGUGCGAGCGGUGCCAGCAGCCAUAACAGCGCUCGCCACAACACUCAGGGACGUGUCAGCUCGCUCCAUCUUUGCCAAGGCUGAUGGCGUGCGCCUGCUGCUGCCCUACAUUGCACCCGUGGCCGGCCAGAACCAAAUGCAGCUGCUGUACGAGGCAGUGCUGUGCCUCUGGCUGCUCUCCUUCCACGAGCCUUCCCUGGAGGCCAUUCGCCAGGCGCGCGUGCUGCCGCGCCUCAUUGACGUUGCCAAGAGCUCUGCCAAGGAGAAGAUAGUGCGGGUGGCGGUGCUCACCCUCAGCAACCUGAUGACGCGCGGGCACCUGGGAGCAUCAAUGGUGGAGCUGGGGCUGCCCAAGGUCGUGCAGAGCCUCAAGCUGCACGCGUGGCACGACGAGGACUUGAAGGAAGCCCUUGAAGCCCUGGACGUGGGGUUGAGGCACAACCUGCGCGUGAUGAGCUCGUUCGAUAAGUACCGCCAGGAGGUGCUGUCGGGGUCGCUGGACUGGACGCCCAUGCACAAGGACGCGGCUUUCUGGCGCGAGAAUGUCAUGCACUUUGAGGAUAAUGACUUCCAGGUUCUGCGGGCGCUGGUGGCCUUAUUGGACACCAGCCAUGAGCCGCGCACACUCGCAGUGGCCUGCCACGACCUGGGGCAGUUCAUCACGUAUCACCCGGCGGGGCGGGGAGUGGCGCAUGACAUGAAGGGCAAGGAGCGAGUGCUGCGCCUGCUGGACAAUGCUGACCCCGAGGUGCGCAAGCAGGCUCUGCUGGCCGUGCAGAAGCUGCUGCUCUCUGCCAAGUAUGUUUCCUACCUGCAGUGA